GCCGGUAAAGUUUAGUUGGUGUCGUCGCUGGAAGAAUUUUAGUAGUACAUUUUUUUUCUUUUAUUUUUGAUAAUUUUUGUACUAAACAAUAGAAAAUUUAAAGAAGUGUAAUGGCUAUGAAAGUAAUUCAUUCUUAAAAAAAAAAGUGAUAAGUGAUCAAAAUGGAGUUUUCUAUGAAGUUACAUGCCAUCCACUGGUGCUACUUCGGUGGUUUAAUUUUCUUAUUUUUACAAAUACAAAUUGCAAGCAACGAACAUGUAUACACCAGGGAACUUUCUUCAGGCUGGAAUUUAACUAAUCAAAAUGGAUCUGUUACAAAAACCAAAGUAAAAAUUCCCACCGGUAUCUAUAGUGCUCUAUAUGGAGAGGAUGUAUUGAAGUCCUAUAAUGAUGUGAAUCUUCGUUGGGUAGCAUAUGACAAUUGGACGUAUAAAAACACAUUUGCUUUUAACUGGACUGAAAUGGAAAGUGUACGUUUUGUGAACUUGACUUUCCAUGGUAUAGACACAAUUGCAGAAAUACGCUUGAAUCACUUCUACAUUGGACGUACUGAUAAUAUGUUCGUACGUUAUUCAUAUGACGUCACACGCUAUUUAGUUGAGGAAAAUUUUUUGGAAAUUGAAUUCAAAUCGCCAGUGUUUGCAGCUGCUGCUAAAGCGAAUGCACUGAAGGAUCAUAAUAUAACAGUGCCACCGGAAUGUCCAAAUCAGCGUUACCAUGGCGAAUGCAAUAUGAAUAUGCUUCGUAAAAUGCAAGCGAGUUUCGCCUGGGAUUGGGGUCUAGCUGCACCUUCGAUGGGCAUAUGGAAAAGUGUUACUUUGGAACAUUAUGAGGUAGCACUAAUACGUGACAUUGACGUAGCAAUUAGUAAAAAUGAUACACAUUGGAAUAUGCAUGUACGCGUCUUUAUUGAUGCCGCGGGUAGAAGAGACUUUUAUGCGGAGCUGACCUGCUAUGCAGUAGAAUUACUUGAGAAUCCGAUCAUUAUCGAUGAUUAUAAAACAAAACCAAUUAGCUAUCAAAAUGCUGUAAUUGCAUUUGAACAAGCCAUACCAAUUAAUAGCGUUACAAUCUGGUGGCCAAAUGGUUAUGGCGUGCAUAAAUUAUACCCACUGUACUUCACAUUGAAUUCUUGGUUGAAUAAAAGUGAGUUUAGCUUACGUUCGAAGUCGAUAUCACAGAAAACAGUGAGAGUUGGUUUUCGAACAAUAGAAUUGAUUGAAGAUAUAGCGCCUGCAAAUGAUGGAAAUACUUUCCUGUUUAAGGUUAAUGGCAUGGAAAUGUUUAUGAAAGGAUCAAAUUAUAUACCCUCACAUAUACUACCGGAACUUGCAGGAGAUGAAGCGCGAAUUAAGCACCUCUUAUUCUCUGCUAAGGAGGCUCACAUGAAUAUGUUACGUGUUUGGGGUGGCGGCAUUUAUGAAUCCGAUUACUUUUAUAAUCUGGCAGAUGAAUAUGGAAUACUAAUCUGGCAGGAUAUGAUGUUUGCUUGUGCUAUGUACCCUGUAACCAACGAUUUCUUAUCUUCUGUACGAACUGAAGUUAUACAAAAUGCUAAACGGAUCGCUCAUCAUCCUAGCGUGGCGGUAUUUGCCACAAAUAAUGAAAAUGAAGUUGCUUUAGCACAAAAUUGGUAUCAUACAUGGCAGGAGAAGUCACGAUUUGACACAGAAUACCGUGAGCUCUACUUGGCUACAAUUAAUCAUGAGCUGAAGAUUGUAGAACAUAGUACACGCAUUUUGCCAUUAAUAUCAUCACCAUCAAAUGGUAAAAUAAGUGCUAAGGAUAAUUAUUUGUCAGAUGAUCCACAAGAUACACAUUAUGGUGAUAUACAUUUUUAUGAUGUGUUAAAAGAUGGUUGGGAUCCAAAUAUAUAUCCACAUCCACGUUUUGCAUCUGAGUAUGGUUUUCAAAGUUUACCACAAAUGCAAUCAUGGAGUCGCAUUUUGGGCAAUAACGAUAAUAUAAUCGAAUUAAUUAGCCAUCGACAACAUCAUCCAUUGGCUAUGAUACCAAUUACAACAUUGAUACGACGACAUUUGCCAUUACCGUUACCAGAAGAAGAGAAUUAUGCUGAGGGUUUGAUAUAUUUAAGUCAAAUUGCACAAGCAAUGUCCACUAAAAUUGAAACACAAGUCUAUCGAAGUUUGAGAGAUACUGAAGUGAGAACAAUGGGUGCCCUAUAUUGGCAGCUGAAUGAUGUAUGGGUAGCACCGUCUUGGUCAAGCAUUGACUUCUAUGGCAGUUAUAAGCUGCUACAUUAUUGGGCUAGAGAUUUUAUGGAUUCAAUUACUAUAAUUGCGUUAUACAAUUCGUCUACAAAAUCGGUUAAUAUUUUUUUAACUUGUGAUGAACUUGAGGUUAAUACAAAAGAUCUUAAAGUUUUUCAAAAUAUAUAUCUAUGGUCGGAGUUAUAUGUUAAAAACUCUAUGAAUUGGUCUGUUACUUUGAAACCAAAUGGUGUUCAUCAUGAUAAAGUAAUUCCAGUUAGCACUAUAUUAACUGAUAAAUUUAAUCAAAAUAAUUGCUUUGUGGAGUAUACUUUGCAACGCGGUAGUGUAGUCCUAUCUCGUGCAUAUUAUUUCCCAAGCGCUAUAUCCAGUGCUGUAGGUGUGUCAGAUCCUGAAAUUGAGGUGGAGAUUUCGAGUAAAUAUUGUCAAGGUUCUGUAAACAAUGUUAAAAUGAAUAGUUAUAGUCUCUCAGUAAUUGUAAAGAAACCAGCAAUUUUCGUUUAUAUUGAAAUUGUACACAAAAAUGUGGUAAAGUAUAAACUCUCCAGAAAUGGCUAUAUGCAAAUGGCUCCUACACAAGUCGUUCAGCUGGAGUUUGAGUAUUCCAAAUGUGUGGACAUAACACGAAACAAUAUAAAGAUUUUAACUGUUAACCAGUUUAUGAUUUAAGAUUACAUAUGUAUAUAUAUAUUAUUAUGUUUUUG